UGCGCACACGGCGGCCAGCAGCACCGCCGACGCCCGCAGGAUCCUCAUCGCGUCUCCGGCUCGCGAGAUCUACGCGGCGGCGGGGAAGUCGGCGCCUCCCUUGGUCGCCCCCCCCCCGGGCCCAGACCCACCACUAAAUCAGCUCGUCACCUCAAAUAACGUCUUCGCGUCCUCGUCUUGAUUAAAGUCUGCGGCUGCUUUGCCGAGCUCCGUUCGCCUUGCGCGACUUCAAGGUUUUCCAGAAGGUUGACGGGCAAUUUGGAGAGCGAGGCUGGAGGACGAGAGGUAGCCGUCGCGGCGACGGCGGUGGUGGUGGCGGCGGCGGUCUCGGUCUCGAAGGGAUGGGCGAUGGGAUGCGGCGCCGCUUUGCAAUGAGACACGUGUGGCUCUGCUUCUUGCUCGCCAGCGACACCUGCCGCCUGAGCCGUCAGCAGGAGGCGACGGGGACGCCCACCGAGGAGGAAUUGAUCAACAACAUCACCGUGUUCACGCGCAUCCUGGACGGGCUGCUGGACGGCUACGACAACAGGCUGCGACCCGGCCUGGGAGAAAAGGUGACGGAGAUCAAAACCAACAUUUUCGUCACCAGCUUCGGUCCCGUCUCGGACACGGAAAUGGAGUACACCAUCGACGUGUUCUUCCGGCAGAGCUGGAAGGACGAGCGUCUGUGCUUCAAAGGCCCCAUGAAGAUGCUGCCGCUCAACAACCUCCUGGCCAGCAACAUCUGGACGCCCGACACUUUCUUCCUCAACGGCAAGAAGUCCAUCGCCCACAACAUGACCACGCCCAACAAGCUGCUCAGGCUGCAGGACGACGGCACGCUGCUCUACACCAUGAGACUGACCAUAUCUGCCGAGUGCCCCAUGCAACUGGAGGACUUCCCCAUGGACGCGCACGCCUGCCCCCUCAAGUUUGGAAGCUACGCGUACCCGGUGUCGGAGGUGGUCUACACGUGGGACAAGGGGGCGGCCAAGUCGGUGGUGGUGGGCGAGGAGGGCUCCAGGCUCAACCAGUACCACCUGAUCGGCCAGACGGCCGGCACCGAGGACAUCUCCACCAGCAGAGGUCAGUACACGGUGAUGAUGGCUCACUUCUACCUGAAGAGGAAGAUCGGCUACUUCGUGAUCCAGACGUACAUGCCGUGCUUCAUGACCGUCAUCCUGUCCCAGGUCUCCUUCUGGCUCAACCGCGAGUCCGUCCCCGCCCGCACCGUCUUCGGGGUCACCACGGUGUUGACCAUGACCACGCUGAGCAUCAGCGCCCGCAACUCGCUGCCCAAAGUGGCCUACGCCACCGCCAUGGACUGGUUCAUCGCCGUGUGCUACGCCUUCGUCUUCUCCGCCCUGAUCGAGUUCGCCACCGUCAACUACUUCACCAAGCGCAGCUGGGCCUGGGACGGCAAGAAGGCCAUGGAGGCCCAGCAGCCCAAACGGAAGGACCCCUUGGCGCUGUCCAAGAAACCCAACAACGCCGGCGUCAACUACACGGCCAACCUGAGCAAGGACGCGGCCGUGUCCACCAUUUCCAACAGCACGUCGGUGCAGCUCAAGCCGGCCCCCGAGUCCAAAGGCGCCGACCCCAAGAAGACGUACAACAGCGUCAGCAAGAUCGACAAGAUGUCCCGCAUCGUGUUCCCGGUCCUCUUCGGCACCUUCAACCUGGUCUACUGGGCCACGUAUCUCAACCGCGAGCCAGUCAUCAAAGGAGCCAUUUAGACGCCGCCGUCGGACGCACGACGCCGCCGAGCGCUCAAAAGUUUGAAAUGUCGUCCGUCUCGUUUUCGUUUCAGGUAAUUCCUCGCAUGUCGCUUCAGCUUCAGUGCGAUAUUUUCACAUUUUAAGAUUUUGGAUUUUAUCAGCGCCCUCGCGGGAACAGGACGGAAGGGAAAAGUUCCGCAAAUGCUAGCUGGAAAAAUACAUACUUUUUAUUUUUAUCUCAUUUUUUUUAGGUUUUAUAGUGGUCAUUUUGAGGUUUGUUUGGCGACAACCAGGUUUUCUUCAAAACGAACUACUGCAGUUUCGGGCCGACGGCUGCCGCAUACGAACCGCUUCAAAUUUCGGCGCGAAACGGGAAAACUCCACAAAUUUGAAAAUUCACACCCUGAAGGGAUUUUCACUGAACAACGCAAACUUUGGUAGGUCGCGUCUGUCGAGAGGAGACCCACAAAAAAAGUCUAAGAAAAUAAUAAUAUGUAUAGAGAGAGCUCGUGCACGUGACGUCGCCAUUUUCACGGCGCCAUAUUGCCGGUCAAACAGCUGCUCGACAUUGAACCGGAGGAGAAUAUUUACAACAAUACCCGAAUUAUAAUAAUAAUAUAAUAUAAUGGGAAUUAUUCUUAUCAAUCUCAAAUCACCUAAAAGUAUUUAUAAUGGCAAGUUGGUUCAUUUGAGAACAAUCCGUGUUUAAAACAAAAAACAAAAGAAAAACAACAGGAAGUUGUACGUCCAAUGUACACGGAAGCGUGUUGCGGCCGCACAUUAAUCUUUGGUAAACCUCUCCCCGACAGAUGUUUUUUUUUUAAUAUGCAUUGUUCUCAAAUGAGUUCAAUGCGUAUUAUUCGUGGGCAGGGUCCCAUUUUUAGGACAUCAUGAUUUUCACGCAUUACAUCCUUCAGUAUAUCAAAAUAUUUAAGUGUUUUAAUCUUGGUAUCAGAAGAGGAUAACUCAUCGGUCAAAGUUAGCACGGAGUUAUUUCCGUUGCUAAUCCAUCAUUAUUAUUAAUGCCUAACUGUCGUUCUAGAAUAAGAAUUAAUUAAUAAGCAUAUCUCUGCUAUGUAGCACUUCACAGAACUGAUAACAUAGCCGUCCCAUUCUUGUGAGAGGGUACAUCUUUUUUGCCCUUUGUUUUAUUGCAUUAAACGAAAAAGAAGUGUUAUUUCCUUGAUUGUGGCCUGUUAGGAGACUUUUAUCUCAAUAAGGCAAAAAAUGGCCACCCUGUCCAUCAAUGGGUUAAAAAAAAACAACAGGGAGUUGUACGUCCAAUGUACACGGAAGCGUGUUGAGGCCACACGUUAAUCCGGUUGUUCUCAAAUGACUCCAAUGCGUAUUUUAAAAAAAAAGAAAAUGAACCGUCGGUCACACAGAGGUUUACGUAGGUUAACGUGUGGCCGCAACACGCUUCGUGUACGCAGGAGACGACUCCCCGUUUUUUUUUUUUUUUUUUUUUUUAAUACGCAUCGUUCUCAAAUGAGCCAACUUGGCAUUCUAAGUACUUCUUGGGGAACGCUACGGAGGAGCCGACUCGCUUGUCCUCUUUUUUUUUUUUUUUUUCC